AUGAGCAAAAAUUUAAAGUUGAAAUUCUUCAAGCGUAAAAGUGCCGAAGAACCAAGUAGUCCAACUAGAAGUAGUUCAACCGUUUCGGUUCUAGAACAUCCAGAAGAAUUACAUAAAGAACAUGAAGAAGCAACAGCUCCUCAUCCAACUACAACCACAGAAGAACAUGAAGAAGCAACAGUUCCUAAUCCAAUUAUAACCACAGAAGAACAUGAAGAACAUGAGGAAGCCACAGCUCCUCAUCCAACUGCAAUCACAGAACAACAUGAGGAAGUAACAGUUUCCCAUCCAAUCACACACACAGAAGGACACGAAGAAGCAAUAGCUUCUCAUCCAACCUCAACCACCGAAGCACAUAAGCAUAAAAAGGAAACAGCUCAUCCAACCACAACCACAGAAGAACCUGAAGAAACAACAGUCCUUCAUCCGAUCACAACCACAGAAGAAUAUGAAGAAGCAACAGCUCACCCAAUCACAAUCACAGAAGAACCAAUUGUUGCACAAGCUCCUUCACCUGUCGAAAAGCAAGUUAGUGUUCCCACUUUUCCAAUUCCUCCAACACCAACAUCAAGAGAUGAAUCACUGGAAAUUUUGGAAAACGUAACAAAAGAACCAGAAGUUCGUCCACUCACUCCAGCACAACAAAAAACGAGUGUUACACCGGGUGCUGCCAAAGAAAUCCCUAAAGCUAUCUCUGCAGAACAGAUUCCAAGCAUCACACCUGGUCCGAUUCGAGAGAUCCCGGAGCAAAUUGAAGUUGUUGAUGUACCCCCUUCUCCAAUAAAAGAAUCUACACCCAAAGAGACGACAAUUUCAUCUCGAGUUUCAACUCCUCAAUCAACGUCUGAAGAGCAUUUUGUAACCACACCAUUAAAGUCUACCGAAGAAAUUACACGUUCAACAAUUGAAUCAAUCACAAAACCAGAACCACAUCCACAUUUAGCUGCAUAUCUGCAAUGUCCAAAAGAUAGUGAAAUUCCUGUAGCAAAAGAAAGAACAGUAAAAGCAGCUGCAGGCCCUGUCUCUUCAGUAAAAGAUAUCUGGAACCAAAAUUGGCUAUUACGAUUCUGCACUUACAUUCUCGCAGCAUUCAGUUCAAUUCCGAUUUGUAUUUUAGGUGGAUGGAUUAUCGGUACGGCAGUGUUUGUGUUUGGAAUCGCUGGGAUUGUAAUGUUUAUAGCUGAAAUAAUUAGUGCAGGAAUAGCUGUAAUAAUAUUUUGGCCAGUUAUCUGCAUUUUAACUUUUCUUGCAUUCAUUCUGGUAACUACUAUAGCUGUGGGCUAUUUUAGUUAUCGGUUAAUCGCACCUUUAAGUCAUAGCACCGAAAAUGUCAAUGGCAAACAUAUAAAAGAUAAUGAAGCCAUUAAACAAAGGGAAUGA